AUGGCAGACCUUUUUGAUAUUUGGGGGAUAGGGGCCGUCGCCAGUCUGAUCCCGAUGCUCGCGAACGGUCUUCUUUUGGUUGACCGGCCCAAACGGGUCGACAUUAAUGCCGGAAGGCGGCUCAUUCACACAGUGCGGCCCAUCAUUCCUUACCGUGCCCCGGUGCCGUACACCGGCGGCCGUGUCCGUGCGCUUUUCAUCGGAAUCAACUACACGGGUAUGCGCAACGCACUGCGUGGCUGCGUCAACGAUGUUAGCUCGAUGCUGGGCACGCUGCAGCAGAUCUCCUUCCCGAUUAGCGAGUGCUGCAUCCUCGUCGACGACCCGUCGUUCCCCGGCUUCUGCGGCAUGCCCACCCGCGACAACAUCAUCAAGCACAUGCUGUGGCUGACCGGCGACGUACGCCCCGGUGAUGUGCUUUUUUUCCACUUCUCCGGCCACGGCGGACAAGCCAAGGCAACCCGAGACUCGGAAGAGAAGUACGACCAGUGUCUCAUCCCACUCGACCACGUGAAGAACGGCAGCAUUCUCGACGAUGAUCUCUUCCUCAUGCUCGUAGCCCCGCUGCCGUCUGGGGUGCGCAUGACGUGCGUCUUUGACUGCUGUCACUCAGCCAGCAUGCUGGAUCUGCCCUUCAGCUACGUGGCACCGAGAGUAGGCGGCGGCGGGGCAUGCGAGUACAUGCAACAGGUACGCCGCGGCAACUUCUCGAACGGCGACGUUGUCAUGUUCAGCGGGUGCACGGAUAGAGGCACCAGCGCAGAUGUGCAGAACGGCGGCCACGCAAACGGUGCCGCCACUCUCGCCUUCACGUGGUCUCUUCUGAACACGCAUGGGCUCUCCUACCUUAAUAUCCUUCUCAAGACACGAGAGGAGCUGCGCAAAAAAGGUCGGGUGCAGGUGCCGCAGCUCACCAGCUCGAAGCCGAUCGAUCUGUACAAGCCCUUCUCCCUCUUCGGCAUGAUUACGGUAAACGCGUCCAUGAUGCAUUGCGUGCCGCAGCAGUACCAGCAACGUCCGCAGAGCCUCCCGCCGCAGGUGAUGCCGCCUGCAACGGGUUACCCAGUCCACGUACCGCCGCCGCCGCAAGGCUACUACCCUCCACCACAGAGUCCAGGUUGGGGACUUGGCUACCCGGUGCAAGGGAUACCGGUGCAGCAGGCAACUCUUGGCGUGUCGCGGUGUCCUCCAUCGCAGUACUUACCUGCGCCUCCGCCAGCAGUGUAUGCGCCACCUCCACCCGGGCAGCGCGGGCCACCGCAGCCCCCUCCAGCCCAGUACACGUUCAGCCCACUCCCGCCUGGCUAA